AUGGAUGAUGUUAAGAAAAGAAGGCGGUCGAGGUGGGGGGAUGUGGAAAAUAAAGAAGAAAAUAAAGAAGAAAAGAAAGAAGGAGAUAUAAAUAAAGAUAGUAAUAAUAUAGAUAUAUUAUUAAAUAAAAGUAGUGAUUUUGCAAUAAAUAAGAAUAAUAAUAUUAUGAAUAUGCCAUUAUCAUCACCAUCGAUUUCAUAUAAUAAUUUAACUAAUCCUUUAUUAUCUUCUAAUAUACAUUUGAAUAUUUUAAAAGCUACGGAGGCAGCUAGAUUAGCUAUAGAAAGGGUAAAGAGAGCUAGUCGAUUUAAAGAAAAUAAUAAUAUAAAUAAGAAUGUAAGAAGACUUGAAUUUACUCCUAAACCUUUAAUGUUUGAUGAUCAAGGUAGAGAAGUUGAUGCUGAAGGUAAUGUUAUAAAUAUUAAACCUGUAACAUUUUCAACAUUAAAAGUAAAUAUGAAUAAAUUAGAUGAAGAUAAUAUGGUGAAAAAAAAAAAUGAUAUAAUUAUAAAUAGUGAUUUAAAUAUUGGUAGUACAAAUAAUAUUAUAAAUAACGAUAAUCCUUUAUGGUUCGAUGCAAGAAUACAAAAUGUGUCUAAAAGAAAACAAAAAAAAAAAAAAGCAUUUUUCAAUUUUAUAACUCCAGGGUCUCUUAUUAAACAAGCAUGUAAUAAACAUUAUAAUAAUAAAGCAUUAAUGAAUUUUGAUUUAAAGAAAAUUAUAGAAGAAAAAAAAAGAGUACAAUCUUUUCAAGAGCUGUCUCUAAACUUUUUAAAUAAUAAUAUAAAUGAAAAUAUAAACCCUAAUAUGAUUCACAUACCUAAGAAAGAACAGUUAGGCUCAAAAAUUGAAACAUGGGAUAAUAACGAAAGAUAUGAUAUUUUAGAAACAUGGGAUAAUGUGUUAUUUAAUUUGAUAGAACCUACCCAUUUAGAGAAAGAAAAGAAUGUAGAUUUAAUAAAUGAAUUUAUUAAAAAACAAAAAGAAAGAUGGGAAACAAAAUAUCUUAUAGAUAAUGAAUUAAGUAAUAUUGAUAAUAAUACAAAUGUUGUAAAUAAUAAUUUAAGUACUCAUAUAUUAUCUCAUGAGGAACAUAUAAAAUUAAACCAAGUUUUAAAAAAAGUUCAUGUAUUAUUAUUAUUAAAAGCUAAUAAAAAAAAAAGGAGAAAAUAUAAAAAUAACAUAUAUAGUCUUAUAGUUAAUAAUUCUUUGUAUUCCAUAAAUCUAAAUUGUAUUAAACAUUAUAUUGAACAUCCAGUGUCUUUGAAUGAAGAUGAAAAUUAUGAUGAUGACAAAUAUUUGAUACAUAUGUUUUUAACACCACAGGAAAGAAAAAAAUUAAGAAAAAGAAAAAGACAAGAAAAAGAAAGAGAGAAGCAAGAUAAAAUAAGAAUAGGAUUAAUGCCUCCUCCACCACCUAAGAUGAAAUUAUCAAACUUAAUGAGAGUUAUGGGAGAUAGCGCAUUAACUCAACCAUCUAGAACAGAAUAUGCUGUCAGAAAACAAAUGAAAGAAAGAGAAUUAAAACAUUUUGAAGAUAAUCAAAAAAGAAAACUCAAACCAGAAGAAAGAAGCAAAAAAAAAAUGAAUAAAUGGAAAUCCAAUUCAGAUGAAGAAAAUGAUGUUCUCUUAAUAUAUAUUACAAAUUUAUCUAAUAAAAAACAUAUUUUUAAAAUCGAUAUAAAUGCACAACAAUUACAUUUAACAGGUGUAUGUUUCAUGACAGUAUUGUAUAAUUUUAUAAUUGUAGAAGGAAAACAUGUUUCCAUAGAAAGAUAUAAAAGAUUGAUUUUUAGAAGAAUCAAAUGGAACGAAGAUGUAUACGAUGAUGAAGAAAAUCAAAAUCAAGAAAGUCAUAUAAUAAAUACAAAUGUACAACAUGAACAAAAUGAACAAGAGUUAUAUACUGUUAAUAAUAGCAUCACCAUGAACCCUGAUAAUAAUAAUGAUAAUAAUACAUAUAAUCAACAUUCACAAUGUAGUUUAAUAUGGAAUGGUGUUGUAAAAAAAAAAAAUUUUAAGAAUUGGAAAAUGAUUGUUGCGAAAACAGAAAUGGAAGUAACAGAUUAUCUCAGCCAACAUGACGCUUUACAUUAUUAUCAUAUCAUAAAAAAACACCGAUCCGUUCUUGAGCAUAUUUAA